AAAAAAUGGGGUGUUAAUAUUUCAGAGUAAAGUUAUUUUAACCCAAAUAGAGUAUUUUCAACAUUUGGGAGAGUAAAGUUGCUCUAUCAGUGGAGUUAAAAGUGAGUGUAAAAAUCUGCAGAAACGCAUGACAAUUUCAACUCUACAGCAGUGAUGAAUACCCGCCACUCUGUUGUGCUGAAGAUUGGCACGUUUGUCGGUGGAGAAAGAUCGCUCUGGAGUAACGUUAGGCCACUGAUAUUGCUAGGGGCAAAAUGCUGUUGCGUGUUCAAUUCGGGGAAGAGCAGAAAUAUGUCAAGCUGUCUGAGCUGACAUUGGAUGCUUUCUUGAAAGAAGCGUGUCUAAAAUUCAACAUACCAGAAAGCAGGCAGCCAGACAUUAAGGUGUAUGACCAGUCAGACACAGAAGUUGACACAGAGGUUUUUGAAGAAAUAGUGAAGGAGUCACCUGGAACUUUCAGAAUCAUGCUGGGCAAUGGAGGACUUGGUGCCUCUCAAUCAUCAUCAUGCUCGGGUACAUCUGAUGACACCGUCAUCCUGAAUUUCACGAUGUGUGACCCUGUUGAAGAAAUAGCUGCUGCCGAAAGAAGCCAGCCUAAAAGGCCAUGUCACAUAAACUAUGAGGCAAAAGCGUUGAUUGAAAAAAUACUAACAUCAAAGCCUGGUGGUGAACGCAUUAUGCAAGAGUAUGGAAAAACCAAAUCUCUGACAGAUACCACCAGAAGACAGAUGAUUAACAUACUUGCUGCUGAGAUGACAGAAACACAUGGGACAUCCCCCCCCAAAAGUGUCAGAGUGAUGUAUGCACAGGGGAUAGUAGCUUUGUUUCCCUAUCUAGAAGACCCAUACUCACAGCAUGGAUAUGAACAUUACUACGAUCCGGAGAGUGGUUCGGGAUACCUUGCAUGGCGAUUGAAGACCAUACAAAGAAAAACAGCAGAGGAAAGAGGUGCCUCAGUCAGCAAAUCUCCUAAAGUUGGUGGGCCAGGCCGUGGUCGUCAGCCCGUCAGCCCUUCAGCCCUUCCGCCAUCUGAUGAGGAUGUGGAAGCAGCUAUUUCUGUUUUGAGACACUCUGCUGAUGAAAAGACUGUCCGCGAGAAGAUGGAAAUGACCUUCAUAUAUCGGCAAGCAAUGGUCAACGAUGAAGCCAAAUCAUCAGAUGUCUUCUUGGUCUUCCCACGAUUUCUGGACACACCAGGACUGAUAGAACAAGAUUUCAGACUUAUGUUUGGUGAGACCACGGCCAACAAAUUCUUGGAGAAGUGGCCAACCACUUUCAAAGCAAAAGUAAUAAAGGAAAGUCACGGACUUGUACCCACCACAGAGCUCUUGGAUUUGAUCCACAAUGCUGAGUCAGCUGCUGAAGUUGAGAAUGGCUGGGACAGUGACAUGUCCGCCAUCUUGCUGCUGCUACAUUUGCUACCACCAUCUGCACAAGGUAGAAAGAGGCCGGGAAAGCUGUCUGCAUAUCAAGCUGUAGAUCAGCUCAUCAGAUUUCAAAAGGUAUGCUUAAAGGAUUAGUUCACUUAUAAAAAUUGUUUUGCUGAUUAUUUACUAA